AUGCGCUCGCAGAAGGUAUUCACUCUCUCCGCCUGGCCUCUUCGUCGCUUUCAAACCCCCUCCCACGACAGUGGUGUGCACCUUUAUGCUGCCAAGCGCAGCCGCGUCUCAACGUGGCGGCUCGGUGCCCAUUUGAUCGCUCAAGAAGCCAUUCAGUUUAGACACUCCUCUGCUUCGCAACCGCGGCGGCGCGUCAGACUUCACCAUGCCCUUUGGCGGUUCAGGUGCUGCUAA